UCUAUAAUGUACUUUUUCGUUUUUUUUCUCUAUAAUAGAGUGUGUUCUUCUUUAAUGUAUUUAUAUAUUUGUUUUAAAUGAAUAUUUUAAAUAUAUUUUAUUUUUAUUUUACCAUUAAGAUCUUUUAUUUACAUAAUUUAUAAAUUAGUCCCACAUUUUACAUAUAGUAAUGUUAAAUUUUAAAACAUAUAUUUAUGUAAAACCUUUUGAAAAUCAGUUCAAACAUUACAAUUGGCUGAUUUUUAAACCCAAAAUCAAUUACUCUAACAAUAUGUAAGUAAGUUAUGAAGUUUUUUUAUAACUAUAUAUAACUAACAAAUUUUUGUCAUAAUUAGUAAGAAAAAAAUUAAAGGGUCAUUUAACUAAUUUUUUUAAUUUUAAAGUAAAGAAAAAAUAUUUUUGUUGAUAAUUAUGAAAAACUAAAAUUUAAACUAUUUUUUAAACGGCUGUUUUAGAGUAUAAAUAUUAUUUCAAAAAGUAACAAUCUUUAGAUUAUUUUAGAAUUAAAAAGUCAAAAUGAUUCGACCAGAAUUUCUCUCUAUAAUAGAAUUUAUUACAGAAUAUAUAAAUAGGUUGGAAAUGCUCUAAAAUAACAAGCUAAGCGGUCAUUCUUAUUAGAGACUCAUAGCAUUUAACAAUUGUUUUGGAUUCUUGGUACUGAUAUUUGAUACUUAUCAGUAAUCUGGAAUCUCUAGUCGUUUUUAUCAAGUUUAAGUUUAUGGAGAGGAAGCUGCUUCUUACAGUGUCGAUCAUCAUGAAUCUUGUAUUUACUAUUCAUAUUCUUUAUAGAAACUCAACCACAUGGAAUCCGACUUGGACCAGUAGAGCUGCUAUUGAAGCAGAGGAUGCAGCCUCUGUGUCAUGCUCAGGCCAUGGAAGAGCUUACGUGGACGGUAUUGGAGUCCUUGGCGGCAAGCAACCUUCUUGUGAAUGCAACAAUUGCUAUACAGGCAAAGAUUGUUCUAUUCUUCUCUCAGAUUGUCCUGUCAACGCUAACUCAGGAGACCCUUUGUUCUUAGAGCCUUUCUGGAUGCGACAAGCAGAGAGCAGCGCGGCUCUGGUCUCGGGAUGGCACAGGAUGAGUUAUAUCUAUCAAGAUGGGACAUAUAUGUCGGAAGCGCUUGAGACGGUCAUCAGGAAACUGCAUAGUGUGGUGGGAAACGCUGUUACAGAUAACAGGUUUGUAAUAUUUGGAAGUGGAAGCACACAAUUGCUUGCAGCAGCUGUUCAUGCCUUGUCUUUGACAAACUCAUCAUCAUCAGGACCGGCAAGGCUUUUGGCUUCAGUUCCAUAUUACGCUAUGUACAAGGAGCAAGCGGAGUUCUUUGACUCAGUACAUCUCAAGUUUGAAGGAGAUGCGUUUGCGUGGAAGAAUAGCGAGCGCAAUGAUAAUACCACACAAGUUAUAGAGGUAGUGACAUCUCCGAAUAAUCCAGAUGGGAAGCUGAAAAGAGCGGUUCUUGAUGGUCCUAAUGUCAAAACAAUUCAUGAUUACGCCUAUUACUGGCCUUAUUUCUCCCCUAUAACUGUUCCAGCUGAUGAAGAUUUGAGCUUGUUUAGUCUCUCCAAGACUACAGGUCAUGCUGGCUCUAGAUUCGGGUGGGGAUUGGUAAAAGACAAAACUGUUUAUGAAAAUAUGAAAAGAUAUAUCACUUUGAGUAGUAUGGGAGUUUCUAGGACAACACAGCUUCAUGUUCUUCAACUGCUCAACGUAGUAGUUAGGGAUGGAGGCGAUAAUAUAUUCCAUUUUGGUCAUGAAACUUUGAAGAAAAGAUGGGAGACACUGAACAAGGUCUUGUCACUCUCUACACGUUUCUCGCUCCAGAAAAUCAAACCUGAGUACUGCAACUAUUUCAAGAAAGUCAGAGACUUUACUCCUUCUUAUGCAUGGGUGAAGUGUGAAAGGCCAGGAGACGCAAACUGCUAUGAGAUAUUCUCAGAGGCCAAGAUAACAGGACGUGAUGGCAAAGUGUUUGGAUCAGAGGAAAGUUUUGUGAGAUUGAGUCUAAUCAGAUCACAAGAUGACUUUGAUCAUCUUAUUGAUAUGUUGAAGAAGUUAGUCUUCCAAGAAGGUGUAGAAGCUCAUUCUAUCUGAAAACUUGAUGUUGUCAAAAAAUGUCUUCAGUUCAAUAUUAUGUAGUACCGUAUUUGUGCCAGUAUAAUUAAGCCUACAAUGCCCGUUGUAUGAAAGCUUUGUAAAUAUUGUGAAAAUCAGUCAGUAUAUUUAUUUAUCUAUCUA